CUCCUAUUGGUGGAUCGGCUACAUAUAUACAUCACUCUAACAGAUGACAGCGGCCUGCGCCAGAGCCAAAACAUUACCACCUUUUGUGACCAUGCGUUUCAGCCGUGACCCCACUGCUUUCCAGCUCUGCGCAAACAGCGCCAUGUUUGAAGACAACGACUCCGGCUGUACACAAGGGGAGAGCGACGUCCUCUCACCGAGCCCGGGGCCCUCCAGCCCGUUGUCCGUGAACUCAGACAGCAGCUGCACCAGCCCCGAAGCGAAGACGGCCGCAACACAGCAGAGAGUUAGGAGGCCCCUGAACGCCUUCAUUAUCUGGACCAAAGAAGAGCGCCGGCGGCUGGCGCAGCUCAACCCAGACCUGGAAAACACGGAUCUGAGCAAAAUACUCGGAAAAACAUGGAAGGCCAUGUCCUUGGCUGAGAAGCGCCCAUACAUGCAGGAAGCUGAGCGUCUGAGGGUCCAGCACACCAUUGAUUAUCCCAACUACAAGUACAGGCCCCGCAGGAGGAAGCAGAUGAAGAAGAGCCCCAAGCCCCCGACCACAGACACUCCUCUCCCCUCACUUUUCAGCUCAUGCGUCUCUGUGCCCUACAACCUCACCUAUCUGCUCCAGAACCAGCAGGCGACCUUCCCAAACACACUUGACUCCCCAGCUAACUUCACCCCUUUGCACAGCAGCUACCAAAACACACCCCUUUUUCCAGACACUGCACCAACACACACUUUCUCAAACAAGACUGUGGUGUACCCAAACCCUCCUGCAUACCCUGUGGAGCCUCAGGUGUACUUUGGCAGUCAGCACAGGCCCAUGCAGAACAGUUCCUCUGCAGGUCCCCGUGUGCAGCAGGGCCAGUCCAGGGCCUAUGCGAACCCGCUGCACUUUGCUGGGCCUCCCCUGGAGUUUUACUUAGAACAGGUCCAGCUGGACACCCUGUACGACCUGGACCGCAGCGAGUUUGAACAGUACCUGGACCCAUCGCCUCACAGGCCUGAGUCAGUGGAUCUCAGCAGCUGUCAACAGCAGACCAGCCACAGAGAGAGACGCUCACUGUCAUAACACUG